AUGCUCAAGGGAAUUCCACGGGGGUGUUCCAGGGAGGUUCAGCGGAAGUUCCAGAGGAUGGGCAAAGCAGGAACAGCGGAACAUAAUGGAGCGGUGGCGAUUAGCGGGCUGGGGAGUGGUGCGCGGUGGACAGGAAAACAUAAGGGAGCGCACACCAGCUCUGCCUUCCCCUGCCCUUCCCGCCCACUGAAUCAUGUGUGUUUGAAAGAAUGGUUUUGUUCUGCCUCCAUUGUGACAAACACUAGGGGAGUGGACGAGUCACAGCGGUCACCCUCACACCUGGCCACGGGGACGCCACGUCUCUCCCAGCACAGAACAAUACUUGUCUGGAGCUUGUGUGUUCUCUGUGGCAAUACUUCUGUAAGGCGACACGACACAGGGACCUUAGCAGAUGCCACACCUGCCCACGUGAACACAGGUGGGAUCCUUGACAGUGACAUCUGUGGGCCGUCUCAGCUGCGGGUGUUGGGGACAGCAGAGGAGAAGGUCCACUCUUCAGGUGCUGGCUGGUCCCCUGUGGAAGUGGCUCUGCUGGAUGUGAGGAAGGAAAUCACAUUCUGCAGGAAAGUGAACAUUCCCAUCAUUGGCCUGGUGGAGAACAUGACCACCUUUGUGUGCCCCAAGUGUAAGACCAAGACAGCUGUCUUCCCUGCCACUACUGGGAUAUGACCCCCAGCUGGCAGAGGAUACUGGGGUGCCACUGUUUGGCCAGCUGCCACUGGACCCCCAGGUGGCCCAGGCGUGUGAUGAAGGCACCAACAUUCUGACACAAGAGCCAGAUGCUGCUGUCACUCAGGCAUACAAAGACAUUG